AAUUGAUAAGCCUUAUAAUCGGAUAAGGACCCAAUCUCAAUACUUAUAAAUACUAACGGCUAUGAACAUCUCCAAACACACUGGAAAACACCGAGAGGGAAAACAUGGGAUUAGGACCACCUCUUCACACAUACAAGCACAUGCCAUGCACUGUCUUCAACCGUCUAUUUGCAAUUAUUUACAUUUGUGCCAUCGUCGCCCUUUUCUACCACCAUUUCCUCACCCUCAGCCACUCCACUACCUUCAUCUCCGUCGCCAUCACCACCUCCCUCUUGAUCUCCGACCUCAUCCUCGCCUUUAUGUGGGCCACCACCACUUCCUUCCGCCUCCGCCCCAUCCUCCGGCAAGUCUUCCCUGAAAACCUGGAGAAAGUCCUCGACAGAAAAGAUUUUCCGGCCAUGGACAUAUUCAUAUGCACGGCGGAUCCCUACAAGGAACCACCCAUUAACGUAAUCAACACUGCGCUGUCUCUUAUGGCUUACGACUAUCCACCGGAGAAGAUUUCUGUGUAUGUUUCAGACGAUGGUGGGUCGGAGCUUACUCUUUUUGCGUUCAUGGAGGCUGUAAAUUUUGCAAAGAUUUGGCUGCCGUUUUGUCGGGAUAAUAAUAUCAUGGAUAGAUGCCCGGAAGCAUAUUUCAGCUCUGAACGCCAUGGAAGAGCUGAGCUAGAGAGUGAGGAGAUUAAGGCGAUUUAUGAGAGCAUGAAGAUGAAAGUGGAGAAUGUGGUUGAAAGAGGUGAAGUAUGCCACGAUUACAUCAUGAACGAACUACAACGUCAAACAUUUAACAAAUAUCGAACCCCAGGGUUUUCUCGUUCACAUCACCCUCCUAUUAUUCAGGUAUUGAUAGAUGGUGGAAAAGAAAAGGACAAGAAAGGGCACUCCAUGCCAAAUCUUGUGUAUGUAUCAAGAGGAAAAAACAUCAACGUCCCACACCAUUUCAAGGCGGGUGCUCUCAAUACAUUGCUUCGAGUAUCGGGUGUACUGACCAAUGCACCUAUAGUUCUUACUCAAGAUUGUGACAUGUACUCUAAUGAUCCACAUACGCCUAAAAGAGCGUUGUGUUAUAUUUCCAAUCCAUCGGUUCGACCCCAAUUAGGAUACAUCCAGUUUCCUCAACGUUAUCAUGGGCUCAACAAAGAUGACAUCUAUGGUGGCGAGUUCUUGCGUUUAUUUGUAGCAAACCCUGUUGGAAUGGAUGGUUUACAAGGCCCUUCUUAUGUCGGAAGUGGUUGCUUUUUCCGUCGUCGAGUUUUCUUUGGUGGCCCCACGUCAAUGGUGCUGCCAGAAAUACCAGAACUCCGACCAGACUGUGUGGUGGAGAACCCCAUUACAUCAGAAGCCAUUAUUGAAUUGGCCCACCAUGUGGGUGAAUGUAACUACGAAAACAACACCAAAUGGGGAUUCGAAUUAGGCUUUCGUUAUGGGUCACUUGUGGAGGACUAUUUCACCGGAUAUCGAUUGCAAUGUGAAGGAUGGGAGUCUAUAUUUUGCCACCCAAGUAGGCCGGCCUUUUUGGGUGAUGUUCCAAUCUCACUCAUCGAUGCAGUUAGUCAAACAAAAAGAUGGGCUAUCGGACUUCUUGAGGUUGGCUUCUCCAAGUAUACACCGAUGAUUUUCGGGUCACCAUACAUGGGUCAUGUCAUGGGUUUAUGUUACGCACACUAUGCCUUUUGGCCCAUUUGGUCAAUUCCCAUUGUUAUAUACUCAUUUAUCCCUCAAAUCGCUCUUCUAAAUGGAUUAUAUAUAUUCCCGGAGGCGACAAAUCCAUGGUUCUUGUUGUACGUUUUUUUAUUUCUUGGAGCAUAUGCACAAGAUUGUUAUGAUUUCAUCUUAUUUGGAAGCACGUUUAAGAGAUGGUGGAAUGAUCAACGGAUAUGGUUAAUUAAGGGAUUAUCGCCUUACUUGUUUGGACUUGCUGAGUACAUUGCUAAACAUUUAGGGAUUGCUUCACAAGGGUUCAAUGUGACAAGCAAAGUGCAAGAUGAUGAACAAAGCAAGAGAUAUGAUCAGGGUCUUAUGGAGUUUGGGGUCCAUUCCGUAAUGUUUUUACCCCUCGCAACAGCAUCAAUUGUUAGUUUAUUCUCGUUGGUAGUUGGAAUAAUUCAAAUGUUGAGCAUUUGGGAAGUGGAGAAGUUGUUUGGGCAAUUGAUUAUAGCUGGUUUUGGGGUAUUGAAUAGUUUGCCAAUAUAUGAAGCCACGAUAUUAAGGAGUGAUAAAGGAAGGAUUCCUAUCAAGACUACGAUCAGUUCAAUAUGUUUGGCAAUCCUUCUCUGUGGUGGAGCUUUUCUUGUACUAUAA